AUGGCUCUCUCGGGACACAAUAGCAUCAUUCUAUUCGGCUGGGCAGUGGAUGACUCAGAGUAUCGGAUCGAGCGAUACGAUCCAGAUGCCGCCAACGAUGAGGAUCUGGGGCCAAUGCAUGAGCGCCUAUUUGCGACAUACAUCGGAAUAGGAGGCAAGAAAAUAACUGCUUUCAACUUUUUCUUAGUUAAACAGAGCUAAUUUCAUGUAAACAGACUUCUAAUACCUCAGUUAGGUGGCCCUAGGCCUCUUCUAAUUGAAAUCACUCAUAGUGGGAAGCAUGUUGUUCCGUCAAAAUGUGUUGUGUGGUUUUUCUGCGGUUAGAUCGUGAUAAUAGUAAAUGAAGAAUGCCAUCUUGUCAUGAAUUGUCGCCCUAUUCGAUGUUCCGCAUAUGCUGCUUGCUACCGUUUACUAGGUGUUUAUGAAGCAACAUAAGAUUGGGCAAAUGCGUAUUACACAUCAAUGUCCCUUUCCGAUCAUCCACAUUAUGUUGCAAGAUUUCCUAGUAUCGUUUAAAGUACAAAAUGAUUAUGUUAGUUGGUUUAUUUCGUGAAACAUUAACCGAAAUUCAGAAAUAUGUUUUAAAUGAGAAAGUACCAUUUACUGGUUAUUUUGAAGCAUAAUUCCAACAUAUUUCAUUCACGUCGUGAUGUCGGCUUUUGAAGGAGCUGUUUCCUGCAGCCUCCAAAACUACGCUCAACAAAGAAAUGAAUACUCAUGUAGUUUUAAUGUUUUUACAAAUUCGACGAUAUUUAAAGACAGUCGUGACCAAAAAUAUCAUUUCACAAACUCAUAUGUUAAAUAAUAAAGUCGUCUUCGAAUUUUUGGUUCUAUUUUACUGGACCUUUCAGUUCCGAAACUUUUUUUAAAUGCACCAAUAAAGUUGCUCCGAACAGCCGCUGCGCUUGCGUCUAGGGUUCCGAAACGACAGGCUGUACACUUUUCAUUUAAGGAAAAUCAUAUACUCCGCCAUAUUAUUAAGAUGGAGCCAUAUAGCGCCAUUCACUUUUGCAAUGGAUAUGGACGUAGUUAGGCUUUCUAAGCGACAUUUAUCCAUUUUUAAAUGGGUAUUUUAAAGUUAUAAAACGUCUUUAAACUUUAGUCUGUUCAACCCAUGAACACGUUUUCCGGGCGUGGCACUUAAAGUUAAUCUAAUCUUCUAUUGCCUAUGUGUAAGGAAGUUUGUUUUGCGUGUUUUCUGUGUAGUAGUUUUGAAUUUACAGGGACGUCGAAUAUACAUGAAAAAACGUGCUACUUUACUAGUCAUCUCUACCGACUGCAACUUUAGCAGACGCUUGGAAAGAAACGCGUUUAAAAGCCGGUAUUGAGACAUGACUGCAGUAGUUACGGUUUAUGCUGAAGGUAAUCUGUAUCCAAAUCUCACCUAAGUAAUCCCUUCCGAUAGGAAACAAAUAUACUACUUGCAAGUAACACUUCAAGAGAUACGCAACCCACUGUAUAUUAUUCUUGUAAGGGAGAUGACCCUUCAGAUUAAUCCUCGCCAAUAUAGUACAAGCAUGUAAACAUUAUUUUUCCGAAACUUCGUGUAAGGAGGUGAAAAUAUUUACACUUCUACUACGACAAAUAGGAGAAGCGCAUGAUCGACAUAGAAGCCAUCCCUUAACUCACGAGAAGAGGAAUGAUAACUGUGGGAUUGUAUGAAGCAGACUACCCUCUAUCUCCCUGCUGCUUCGAGCUCCCACAUAUACUGGUUGCCCCUCCUCCCAAGUUUUAAUUGUUGCGCGGACCGAUAUGGUUAAGAAGGAUGAAACUGCGGGCUUUUCAUGAUUCUAUACUUGAGGUGGCAUUUUUGUCCCAAAUUCUCCAAACCAACAGUCAGCUAAGUGCCGAUGCUAAAUGUACGACUGUCGGGAACGCUUGUGACUUCGUCGCCUGUUGGUGCGCUUGUGUCUGCAAUGAUAUAGGUACGCCAACGACAAAGUCAGUGCUUUAUCUCCGUCUGAUUCAGAUAACGUGUACGUUGUUGGAGGAAGGCUCUGGGACGAACAAGGAAACGAAACCGACCAAAUUGACAAAUUCAACGUUCGAACUCGUCGUUGGACCCCAAACACGCCCCUGGCAUAUCCGCGUUGCCGUACUGCUACUUGUAGCGUCACGGCUGACUUUUCAGGAGAUGAAACCCAGAGGCAGGACGGAAUUAUCAUUUGUGGGGGCCAAAAUACGAGGGGAGAGUCGGUGAAGAUCGUGGAACUCUUUGUUCCCCGACAAAAUCAGUGAGAGUUAAACAUCUUUACCUGCUUACUUUUGAAUACCAAUGAAUUACGUGAGCCUAGUAGUCAUCUGGUGGAUUCUAGGUGAAUUACUUAGGAAAUCCUGCUUGGGCAGUCAACUUACUGUAUCAGAUUUGGUGGAUUCCAGACGUUGCAGUAGGUUGGGCGGCUAACUUGGCCCAAGUGUGAUAAAACUCGCGUCGUCCGGCGGGGCCUCGUAGCUCAGGUGGUUAGAGCGUUGGCUGAAUAGUCAUUGUCUACCGAGUUCGGUUUCUACAGGAGGUCGAAAAGAAGCGCAUUCAAAAGCCGACAUUCUGUCAAGUCUGAAGUGCUAUAGGAUUAUGGCGCGAAAAAAUCAAUAUUACUAAUCCACUCAAGUUAUCCUUCCUAAUCAAAAACGCAUAUCAGAAUUCCGGCCAACAUUCCAUGAGAUCUGUCAAACACUGUAUAUGUAUGGAAUGCACCUCCAGGUUCUUCACUUUUCACUUUUCUCGGUAACUGAGCGCUUAGUAGUCCAGAACUCUGCGACCUAACCAGCGGCCGUUUGUCAUGUCGUUUUCGAUGAUUAAUAGAAAUUACCGAGAAAGAGCGUUUACUGAUCAGAAUACGUGCGUGCAUGAAUUAUCAUCGCCCUUUCCAUAGAGCGAACGGUAGAAUUUUGAGAAACAUCACCCUUCAGCUACAUUGGAAAUUCAGGAGAAGCGGAAUGACGGAAGUCUUAAGCAAUCUGUUUGUUUUUUCUCCACCCAUUACCUUUUACGCAAUUCAUCUUUGGAGUCCCCCGGUUGUCCUAAAUGUCAGCUCUUUCGUUGAGUCACCUCAAACCGUUACUCUUCCUGUCUCUGUUGAAGUGGCUGCAACAUUAACUGACAAAAGCCCUUAUACCUAAUAGUUGUAUUUCAGUAGUCUGCCAGCAUAAGUGUGCAGGCUAGGACAUUAGGUGAACCUGUUCCGCGUAAUAGCGCUAUCUACAGUCGAUUCUUCUAAGAAGUUCGUUCUACGUUGUUGCAAAUGCAGAAUUCAUCGGCUGCCGCCAAUGCUGACGUCCAGAAUGGACGGCGCAGCGGUCGCUCUGCCCGAUGGGCGUGUCUUCCUGGCAGGCGGCCGCAACUCACGAUAUCCAUGCCCGGAGGGCGAGCAAGCUCGUGUGGAAUUCUGCCAAUUAAACUCUGCCUUACAGCCAAACGACGCCGGGGAGUUCUGGCACCCGGCUGCACCGCUGACUCGCGCCCGCAGCAAUCUAGCCAUGGCCUACUUUAAGGGAAAGGUGAUAGCCGCAGGUGGUGGACCCGAGGGAGAGACCGUGGAGGUGUUCUCCCUGCCGGACGCUGAUCACCCUCUUGGACAGUGGACCCUAGCCACUCCUAUGGCCUCUUUGAACUCAUGUUCGAUACUCCUCAUCUGUUCUAAUCGGCUGUUCGCGGUUGGAGGUGAGUAGUGUUCUACGUACGUCUUAACAAUCCGUUGGUCAAGUUGGUCCUUUGAGAGCACAUAGCCAAGAAAUAAACUGCAAAAAUCUAUCUCGUUUUCAUGUAGAUCAGGACGCAUAUUAUCCCAAUCCGGAUAUUUUUAAUAAAUCUCGAAAAGGGUGUCCUUAUGCAGCAAAGCAUCCAAUAUAAAAAUCUGAAAUCAACCCCCUAAAAUAUCAACGGCCAUCUCCCACUGGUUUGAUGAAGCAACGAAUAUCUCCUGUGCCUAUCUCAAACUAGAAACCCUGCUAGUUCACUUUCCCGCUAAAAAUCUGACUGGGCGAUCUCAGUUCGGCCAGGAUUUUCGCCACAUGAUAUAAACAACUUUUAAAAUCAUCCCAUCGUCCCACAGUAUGGCAGUAGGAUGAUUUCGCUCAUCAGUUGAUGCUCUCCCUGAACAACAUCUGAAGAGCCUGAAAUAGCAGAAGUAGCGUUUGAGAACACUGUGAAAACUGUUUGGGUUUAAUGUCAUUAACUCCAGCAGAACAGUCUCUUAUAUUAAAAUUAUCAUCUUCUAAGUAAAAGGGGCUGCAUACAGAAGGUUGUUUGACAAUACUCCCAACGCGUUCAGUGCCUAAAAGUCAAGGCGUCGACCGUUCGUCAUCACCUCUGAUUUCGUUAAGUGUGAGGCGUCACAUCAUUUAAUAGGCCGCCAUUAUUCACAGUGUGGCUUUCCGCAUGACCCAUUCGGAAAAAAAGAAUCUAUUUAUGCAUGAUUUAAUUGCUGUUUCUUUCUUAAUACACUUACGUACACCAAGGCAGAAUAUGUCAUUAAGCCGACCAAGCCACGGAACUCCCAUAGAAGAAGAAAAACAGAGAUUUUUGCAGAAAACGUGUAUACAUAUGCUUGCUUACCAACUGAAAUUCGAUCUAUAGCACAUAUCCAAACCCCAUAUUUCUUUUUCUUAGCAUUCUCAAACAGCGUUAGCUUCUCGGCCUAUGGUAUACUGACAAUCGAGAAUGAGAUUUAGUUCAAUGAUACCCUGUUCGAGGACAUCGUUUCAGACUUCUACAGUGGACGUUAUAGAGGAUCAGUUGCCCAUCCGGUACUUUCUUUGCUGAUGUUCUAGUUCAGACAGUCACGCUUCUGAUCUCAUUCUCUGGCCUUACAAGUAUCACCCAUUUAACGCCACCAGAAUCUCGGUUUAUAAUGCUGAGUAACAUGUGGCUCCGGUCGCUGUAAGAACGCCUGAGCCCGGUGUCAUGACGAAGUCAAGAAGACUGGAGUUGGGAGAGACCGCAGGUGACUGGCACGGAGAAAACCUAGGCAUACCAGCACACGCCCUGCUCCAAAACAAAAAACAAAAACCGGCAGAUGACACGGAUAACAGCUGGCGCGAGGUAAACCGGCAACUGGGCUAGCCAAAACGCCAAUUUUGGCAUUCGUCAUGGGUCCACACACCUACUGGCAAACUGUUCAUCAACUGUGAAAUAGGGUAUGGUACAUAAUCUCGGAAGUAGUAAAGGCUGGGUAUAUCCGAGGUGUUUUCCCUCUCGACAUUAGUUCGGGUCUAUUUAAUCCAUUUCGGUUAACGGGGACCUAGGCGGCCUUUAAAAUGCGUGUUCCAGUCGCACCUCACUGAUGGCUUAUUCAACACCCCUUGCUGGCACAGGCUUUUGCUGCCAUCGUCUCCCUCCAUAACAUCCCUUUUUCUCAUAAAGCUUCCAUUCUCUGUGCAUAAGCAACCCCCAUGAGUUGCCAGAUUUUAUCAUACGCUUAAGGGUGAAUCCGGAUUGUCAGAUGAAAGUCAUCCUUAGUUAAGCGAUCGACCCUCACUCUUCUGAGCAGCAAAACCGCGUAACAUCCACAAACUGUCAGCUAAAUGCAAAUACUGCAUGACUCGACAUAAUGACAGCAUAGAUCAUGCUGUGUCCAAAUAGGAAAAAUAUUAAUCAGGUUCUACAGUUAUUGUGGCUAAACGCAGCGCAGUCCCGUUUAGCAUGACUUAUUUAAAAACGCUUGGUUUCUGAAUGUUCCAGCUGGGGUGUUGCCAAAUAAUGAGAUAACGCCAAUGGACAAGCCACUGCGGCGGGUCGCAUAGCUUUCCUCAGUGGUCUAAACGUGUUUAGCAGAGCGAACUUUUUCCAUUUUGACAAUCAACAAACAUAUUCAAAGAGCGUUUGAUUGACUUUUAAUAUACCUGCAUCGCUUGAAUGUGUGUCAUCUAGGAAGACAAUCUAUUUAUGCGAACUUUAUUGGAUGGAUAGUCAAAUGUUCGCGAACCAGAUGCUAUCCGUUAUAUCAUUCUUGUAACUGCUAGACUUUAUAUUUGAUCUUGAAGACAUUUAAUGUGCUCUCCAAUAGACGUUUAUCCUCACUGUUUACUCAAACUCUGACUUCUCAGUACGGCAGACUGACUGUCCAUCCGUCGUAAUUGCAGGUUUUAUGUCCCACACUAUUGAGGAAUUGGCAAUCGACGACGACACUUCCACCUGGCGAUGGACUGUGAAACGCGAAGGAAGGUUCAUUAGGACAAUUUAUGGAGCGGCUUCCGCCCUGUUAUAA